AGAAAAAAACAAACUACUACUACUGCUGCUGCUACAAACUUGGUCGGCCCAGCACUAGAAAUUAAUUGAAUAAAGUACUCUACUGCUACUACUAUGAGUUAUGAACCUCACAUUUCAGAAUUACUACUAGAAAGCAGCUACGAGUACUCUUCUUCUUCUUCAUCGGUUGCACCCUCGCCCGGGCUUAGUAGUGCUCGACCGUACCCAAACCGAGAAGUACCAUUCGCCGCCCGUCCCGAGAAGCCGGGCCCGGGACCCAAGAAGGUGACCAAGAGGAUCGCCCGGGACGGCAGCAAGCACCCGGUCUACCACGGGAUCCGGAAGCGGACCUGCGGGAAAUGGGUGUCCGAGAUCCGCGAGCCGGGGAAGAAGUCCCGCAUCUGGCUCGGCACGUUCCCCGAGGCGGAGAUGGCGGCCCGCGCGCACGACGCGGCCUCCAUGAGCCUCAAGGGGGACGACGCGGUCCUCAACUUCCCCGGGCUGGCCGGGGCCCUGCCCCGCCCGGCUUCGCUCUCGCCCCGCGACAUCCAGGCGGCGGCGGCGAAAGCGGCUGCGAUGAGAGAUCUCAACGCGCCGUCGCCAACGGAGCAGCCUUCGUCGGCAUUGUUGUCGUUGGUUUGGGGGACGGAGAUGUCGAGUUCUGAUGAGCUGUGUGAGAUCGUUGAGUUGCCGAAUUUGGUGACGAGCUACUCGGACAACUUGAACAGGGAGGUUGUGUGCGUGGACUUGGUGGACGGGUGGGAGUAUCCUCCGCCGCCGUGGAUGGACGGCGGCGAUGAUGACUGUGAGACUGCGGUGGCGGAGACGGUAAUCCAAAGUAGCUUCGAGUCUGUGUUGUGGACUUAUGAUCAGUACUGAAAUUACGGUGUAUACCCAAAUGCCGUCACCAAAGUAUCAGUGGUUUUAUAUAACCCUUUUUUUGGUUAAAUUAUCUUCUCUAUUAUCUUUCUUCUUUUGGAUUGGCUUGGAUCCUUAUUUAUAAGGGAAAUGAAAAGAAGGGAAACUUAAGAAAUUUCCUUCUCCUAUCCUUGUUUGGUUUGAGAAGAAAAUAAGAGUAUAAUAUUUUUUUGCAUAAUAAAA